AUGGCUGGCGCUACCGCCGGCACCCCGCAGCCAUCUUGCCGCCGCGCCGCGGAGCUGCGAGGGGCGGGGUCAUGGGGGUUCCCGGGGGUACGGGGGGGUCCCGGGGGUACGGGGGGGUUCCCGGGGAAACGGGGGAGUCCCGGGGCGUGCGGCCCGGGAUGGGCGAGCGGGACUCGAGGUCUCCGCUACGCGCCUGGCCUGACCCGACCGACCCUGGUCCCCGCUCCCGGCCCCCUCCGACGGCCUCGCCCCCAGCCCAAAAUAGCGCGGGGCGGGGCUGGCACCGCCAUGGCGAGGCAACCUGCAAAGACGCUGUGGUACGACCGCCCCCGGUACGUGUACCUGGAGUUCUGUGUGGAGGACAGCAGGGAUGUGAAGGUUGAGAUUGAAGACCAGCGGGUGGUGUUCAGCUGCAAAAACGCAGAUGGUGUGGAGUUCUACAACGAGAUCAACCUCUACGCCAGGGUCAACUCCAAGGACUCCCAGAACAAACGCUCCGACCGCUCCAUCACCUGCUUUAUCAGGAAAUGGAAGGAGAAAGUGGCCUGGCCCCGCAUCACCAAGGAGAACGUCAAGCUUGCCUGGCUCUCCGUGGAUUUUGACAACUGGAGAGAUUGGGAAGGGGAUGAAGAGUUGGAGAGGGCCAUGGUGGAGCAGUAUGCAGAGCUCAUGGAGAAGGUGACGGAGAAAGGUCCCCCCCCGGCCAUGGAUGAUUUGGAUGACGAUCUCUGAAAAAGUCUCCCGGUGCUACGGCAGCACGCACCGUCCAGCAGCGCGGUCACAGGGCUCUCCGGGAAAGCGGAACAGCCCCGGCCGCUUCUCCGCUGAGCGCUGUGGACCCGGACCGGAGGGCGAGAGCGUUCGGUCCCCCCGUGCCGAUGACCCGCGUGGGGCAAUAAACGUGAGGAGCUGCA